AUGGCCUCUGAAUACGGUCCCCCAGGGGAUCCGACCUGCUGGCUGGGCAACAUCAACUUUGAGACAUGCUGCCUCCCUCCGCCGAGAGGAAACGACCAUUGCUGGGAAGGCGGCUUCACCUACGAGCGCUGUUGCCGAAGAAACCCAAACGAGCCGGUGGACAUCAACAAAGUGGCAGAGAUCUCUGAGCUUGGGGGCUGUGAGUUAAACAUCUUCCAGGAGUUCAAGGAGCGUGCAGGUGCGUGGUACCGCGAUUACGUGCCAAACUUGGUGCUCUUCCAGGAAUUUGGUUACAUCUCUCGCCGGUUUGAUGCUAUGUACAGGAGCUGUGCACCUGCCGCCCUCACUGCCCUGCUACUCAAGCUGGAGUCCAUCUAUUUCGAGGAGGAGUCCAUCUGGGCGCCGCUCUACGCACAUUAUGCGGAGCAGCACCACCAGGCCGUGGCCAGUGGUGACUUGUUCUGA